AAGUGAUUAAAAGAAUGUUCAAACUAGCCGAUGUAGAGAGAAACAACUACGUAAUCGUCCGAUACAAGCAAUUAAGUUGACCAAUAACGGUCAACUGAAGAAGCUACAACCUACAACUACUUUGUGUGAACACAUUAUAAAUAUGUGAGGAAAAUAUAUGCUUGCAUUUGCUCCUAUAGACUAUAUUUCAUCAGAUCGUAAAAGAAGAGGUGAAUUAACUAGAGCAAAAUGGCAAGAUUGUUAUCUAUGAGAGCUCUUGGGAUGGCUGCAAAUGAUCAUCAUCAAGCUGGUGUUUUGCGUCAUGAUGCUUCCGGGAUCAUCUUCAUUAUCGGGAUGAUUGUUAUGUCUGUUGCAAUCCUGUCUCUCGUCGUCUUUGGUUGCGCCGAUGGAGCGUCUCGACGACGUCGGAAGAGACAUGGAGGAGGUGAUGGUGGCGAUGGCGGUGGUGGCGAUGGUGGUGAUGGCGGCGGAGGCGGUUGUGGUGGUGGAGGUUGCGGUGGUGGCGGCGGCGGUUCCUAAAUGUAUUCGUCGUCAUAGUUUGGACCUUACGCUGUCCAAAACAUAUCUUGAGUAUUCAACGUGCCCUAUGGUCCAAUUAAAUUUGCCUAUGUUAGUUUAUGAAGUUUUAUGAAGUUUCAUCCAUACGUUGAGCCAUUAGGUUUGAUAAAUCUUCUACUUUCUCUGACCCAAAAUUAUUAUUUGGUUUAGAAUUUUUUUUAGUUCAAAUAAUUAGAAUUUUAUUUUUAAUUCAAUUUAAAUUAAAAAUAAAUUUCUGAACUAGACAAUAAUUUUAGGAUAGAGAGAAUAUUAAUUUGUCGCAUAUGUAAUUCAUGAUGAGGUGCACAGGGAUAGUGCAUGACUUAUACACAUGAUACCAAAUUGUUCUGUAAUUUUGUACUACCUUCGAGGCAUUUUUUAUUUGUUUUUAUUUAAUAUAUUUUUAAGAUUUUAUUUUUAACUAAAAGAACAUAUUAAAUUAAGUUUUGAACAAAUCAAA